AAAUAUUUAAUUUUUAUUUAUUAUGCAUCGAAAUAUUAAUCAUUUUCAGAUUCAUUACCUUAAAACUUUUUUGAAAGGAAGCGCUUGUAACCGUAGUUGUUUGCUAAAUGUUAACAGAAAAUUAUUUUCUAAUUUUCUUUCUAGCAGACAUAUAAACUGUCCUCGAAGGAAGGUUUUGAAAGCUGUUAAGAAUGAAUAUGGAGCAGUUUGGGCUCUUUUACAUCGAUCUGGCUUCAAUGAAAAUGAAUUUGUUAGAUAUAUAAAUAAAAGAAAUAUUCAUUCGUCAUCUCAGAGAUUCCAGCAGAAUGACCCUAACGAUCGUGAAAAGAAACCAAAGAAAGACAGUGAAGAUAAAGUAUCGUCAUUAUUGGCUAAAGCUUUUUUAUGGAUGCUCACUGCAUACAUGAUAAUAGCAGUUAUUUCUUUGAUGUUUCCAAACAGCAGUCAGCCUGAGGUUGUAAGGUACGUGUCAUGGAAUGAAUUUUUAUACCAAAUGUUAGCAAAAGGUGAAGUAGAAGAGAUAAUUGUAAGGCCUGAUGUCGAAGUUGUAACCAUUGUCUUGCAUGAAGGAGCAAUUGUUAAAGGCAAAAGGGUUGAUCAUAGAACUUAUCAUAUGAAUGUGGUUGAUAUUAAUAAAUUUGAAGAUAAAUUACGAGAGGCUGAAAGGAGGCUAGGAAUUAAAGAAGGUGUACCUGUCACUUAUGAGAGAGGAGGAGAUGCUGCAGGAAGACUUCUCAUUACUUUGUUACUUAUUGGUAUUAUAUUAUCAAUUUUAUCAAGAAGCAGAGGAAUCCGUUCUCCCCUUAGUAUGGAUACAUUUACUCAACUUGGACGCGCCAAAUUUACUUUAAUAGAUCCUCUGACAGGACCAGGAAAGGGUGUUCAUUUUUCCGACGUCGCAGGUCUUAAAGAAGCAAAACAAGAAGUCAUGGAAUUCGUUGAUUACCUUAAAAGGCCUGAAAAAUAUAAAAUGCUGGGUGCAAAGGUUCCCAGAGGAGCCCUACUGUUAGGACCACCAGGUUGUGGAAAAACUUUGUUGGCUAAAGCUGUUGCAACUGAGUCAAAUGUACCAUUUUUGUCCAUGAAUGGGUCUGAAUUUAUCGAAAUGAUAGGAGGAUUAGGGGCAGCAAGAGUUAGGAAUUUAUUUAAUGAGGCCCGCAAAAGAGCGCCGUGUAUAAUAUAUAUUGAUGAAAUUGAUGCAAUUGGGAAAAAAAGGAGCGGUCAGAUGAAUUUGUCAGGGGCAAGUGGUGAAAGUGAGCAAACGCUAAAUCAAUUAUUGGUCGAAAUGGACGGUAUGGCUACCAAAGAAGGUAUUAUUAUGCUAGCGUCGACUAACAGAGCUGAUAUUUUGGAUAAAGCACUUUUAAGACCAGGGCGUUUCGACAGACAUAUUCUAAUAGAUUUACCAGACAUUGAAGAGAGACAACAAAUUUUUGAACAACACUUGAAGCAUAUUGUGUUAGAAAAACCCCCGAAUUAUUAUUCGAAGCGCCUAGCAUAUUUAACUCCUGGAUUUAGCGGGGCAGACAUUGCGAACGUCUGCAAUGAAGCUGCUUUACAUGCUGCGAGAGUCAAGCAGAAACAGGUGACUGCUCGGAACCUCGAAUACGCCGUUGAAAGAGUAGUUGGUGGUACUGAAAAAAGGAGCCAUGCCAUGUCCCCCGAAGAAAAAAAAGUCGUUGCAUACCACGAAUCUGGCCAUACGCUUGUAGGUUGGAUGCUGGAACACACAGACGCGUUUCUUAAAGUUACAAUAGUUCCUAGGACAAAUUUAGCCUUAGGCUUCGCUCAGUAUGUCCCCAGAGAUAUGAAAUUGCAUAGUAAGGAAGAACUGUUUGAAAAGAUGUGUAUGGCCCUUGGAGGUAGGGUUGCGGAAUCUUUAACUUUCAACAGAGUGACCACAGGAGCCCAGAAUGAUCUCGAAAAGGUGACGAAAAUAGCCUACGCUCAAGUGCGAGAGUUUGGCAUGAGUCCUGUAGUAGGUUUAGUGUCAUUUUCGGAACAGGAAAUGAAAGAAAGGGGUAAGAAACCUUUCAGUAAAAAGAUGGCUGCUCUUAUUGACCAAGAAGCAAGGAGACUAAUAGCAGAUGCCUACAAGCGCACGGAAGAAGUGUUGCUUAAAAAUAAAGACAAACUGGAACUGAUAGCUGAAAAUUUGUUGAAAAAAGAAACUUUGAAUUAUGAAGACGUCGAAAAACUCAUUGGACCGCCACCGUACGGUAAAAAGAAGCUUAUUGAACAAGCAGAGUUUGAAGAAUCAGUAAGAAGUGAUGCUGGUGUUGUACCAGUCUCUAACACAGCAAAAGGAAUUUCAACUUCCCAACAUGAAGCGGAGAACGGUAAAUCACCUGAACAGUCGGUAACGAAAAGUUAGAAGGUAAUAAAAAAAUAAUGUAAAUAUGAACCUGCUAGUAUACAGAAAAUAGAACAAUGUUAUUUAAUAUUUUAACAAGAUAAAUAGUUAUCCUUA